AACGCGGACAACGGGGCGCUUGAGGCAUUUCCCUACCUCACGAUGCUGCCGAUAGCUAGGAAGCUGCCUCCGGAGUCUACCAGCGCUCCCGCCUUUAUCGCAGAAUAUUUGCCUUCCGACACAGCUAUACCGCAAGCAAAUUCGACUCCGUCAGCCGUUUCCCGAUUCCCUUCCUUGCUUUCCGCUACGUUGUCUCCAUCGUCGUCUGCGGGUGUAUUCUUGCAAGACCGCAAGCAUGCAAACACAACGGAGGGUGGUGGGAGUACUCCCGUAACUUCCACGCUCAUACAGCAAGCACAAACAGAUCAAGAGGUGCCACGGCAGCACGAAAACACAACGGAGGGCGGUGCAACUCAGGGUAUGAAUCCACAGCGACUGGUGCAGCAGCAGGAACCGCAGCAGCUGCUCACGCUGUUGUCGCUUCAGCAGCGCCUGGCUUCCCGGCAAGAGCCUACGGCAGGCGGGGCCCAGGUCAACGUGGAUAGCGCGGAGGAAGAGGUACAGCUCGAAGCCUCAUGUGCCUGCUACGACCCCGCUGACGAGCCAUGUACAGCGGAAGAAGCAUAUGACUCGUUAAUGGACCUCGCCAGUUUUCUGAAGGAGCCGCUUUGUAGCGAUUCCCCCAGUACUGCAGCAGCCUUCUUCUCCAUAACUAACCUUCAAGGAACAGCAGAUGCGAGCAGAUAUUUCGCCGCUCGUGGACUCGGCCGCGUGCACUGUCCACAGCCUGGCUUUGAGAGGGGAGCCGUAGACGAAGCAACCCGGAAGCAUGUUCCAGUUGUUACUUUCUCGAAGUUCAGGGACCUAGCAGACCUCAACCAGUUCUGUCAAGACGGUCUUCCUCAGUGGCAGCAGACGCCCCCAGCACGUGUGACCGUGUACCAAGUGCAUCUGCGCACCGGGUCUGUUAUGAAUGCGUCGCGACAGACGCACCCUCAUGCGGCUCUCACAGACGAGAUAAGCAGCCCUAGACAUGUUGGUGCCAGCACAAGGGACGGGACACCUGAGACUGCAUGUGCUUCUUCUGAUUUUGCUGUUGUGCAACCUGUCGCUUAUCUCGCUGUGGUGCGGCUAUUAAAGCGAGACUACGGAGCCGUGAAGCCGCUGCUGAUGCUGCACUGUCGGCCGCCGCAGCGGCCUUAUAAUUCCUUUGGUCCCGUCAGAAGCAGGGACUGUAUUGCCCCCCGCUAUUGCACGAUCGUGCGCAUGUACAGCGUCAUUCUUAUGGGAGCUUGUGAGUGCCCGUUCGGAGGCAGCCCCCUGCGCCUCCGAGGAGGCCCUAGCUUCCGUGCAGACCUGGAGUGCGCAGGCGGGAGGAGAUAUGCGACACCGACUCCCGCGUACGGAUCACAGCCAAAGAUCGACUUGCCGUUUAUGUGCACCUCCCGCGGCUUCGAGCGUUUGAGCGAUGAAGAGACGAUCGACUGUUCUUCGACACUCGGGUACUACGUCUUCUGCGCAGGGGAUACACCCGACGACGAGACCAGCACUCUUCUUCCUGGCGAACACGGUGGUAGCGAAGACGCAGCACAGUUCUUGGAACAAGCCGCGUAG